GGAUUCCCGGCGACCAACACGGAACUGGGGUUCGGCACAUCGGUACAGUUCAGCGAAGUAGUAUCCAUAGCUACUACAAUAUUAAUCUCGUAAUUCCGAGUGGCUGUCUUAGAUAUUUGAUCCAUACCUAAGCGGGGAAGCCGUAGUUAUCCCCAUGCAAUUAUUCCCGAUCCUACAAAGCCAGAUAAUUUGAAAUACGACGGAUCUGAAUAUAUAAUGACACCGCUAUUUUAGAAGUUUUUUAUAAAGUACCGCCAUCUUUUCGUACGUCGACACUGAGACUUUCCGGUCGUUAGUCCUAUCCGUUACUCGCAUUAGACGGCGCGCCAACACACCGUCCAACUACCGAGACCGUUUGGACAUCAUACCCGCUUCUCGGAAUCCAUUUCAAUUUACUUCGUCCUGAGGCGAACUGAAUUCGCUGUCAGAAUGGACAUAUCUAAAAGCGACCAAGAGCCUACACAGGAUAUGCAUGAAAAUGCACGUGGUGACCUCGAUGAGAAGUCUCUGGGACUCGAGAACAAUGAUUUUCAUAUUGAUCCUGCCCUAGAGAGGCGGGUUAGGAGAAAAAUUGAUCGCCAUUUGAUUCCCUUGGUUAUGGGACUCUAUCUUGUCGCUUUCCUUGACCGUUCAAAUAUUGGAAACGCCGAGACGGCAGGCAUGAGCAAGGACCUUGGGUUUGAUGAUGCCCAGUACCAGUGGCUGUUGACUAUUUUUUACAUACCAUACAUCGUUUUCGAAUGGGCUGCGUUGAUGUGGAAAGCCGUGCCUCCUCAUAUUUGGGCUACCAGCUGUGUGCUGGUAUGGGGCAUAGCGUCUUCUCUUCAGGCUACCGCGUUCAACUGGUCGGGUUUGAUGGCUUGCCGAUUCUUCCUCGCUAUGGCUGAAGCAGGCUUUGGACCAGGAGUACCUUACCUGCUUUCUUUCUUCUAUAAGAGGAACGAGCUCGGGUUUAGGUGCGGCAUGUUCCUCUCAGCCGCCCCUCUUGCUACGACCUUCGCGGGCGCCCUGGCUUACGGGAUAACCUCUGGCCACCCAGCUCAUAUAGCUAAUUGGAGACUCUUGUUUAUCGUGGAAGGAGUCCCUUCGGUCCUCGUCGCCUUUCUUGCUUAUGCGUAUAUGCCUGAUUCAGCCGAUACAGCAAAGUUUUUAACUGAAGAGGAAAGACAAGUCGCCAAGAUUAGAGCUAUUCAGCAGACUGGAACCGAAGGGGUAAAACGCGUGGGACAUAUCAAUUUCAAAGAUGUUUUCAUGUCGUUAAAGGAUAUUAAAACUUGGAUCCCACCUUUAAUGUACUUCAGUUGCAAUGUCUCGUUUAGCAGCCUACCCGUUUUCCUGCCCUCUAUUCUCCAGAGCAUGGGAUUUACUGCCAUCAAUGCCCAGGGGCUUAGUGCUCCGCCAUACUUCCUCUCGUUCCUCAUCUGCAUUUUGACGACCUGGAUCGCAGACAAGACACAUCAGCGCGGUUUCAUGAUCAUCGGUCUCUCACUUAUCGCUGGUGUGGGGUAUGUCCUUCUCCUGACCUGCAAGAGCGUUGCUGUACGUUAUUUUGGCGUAUUCCUUGCCGCUGCUGGUGUUUCCCCAGCCAUAUCCAACAUCCUGCCUUGGACUUUGAACAACCAAGGAUCGGACUCUAAGAGAGGAGCCGGCAUCGCGCUUCUUAACAUCGUCGGUCAAUGCGGGCCAUUGCUCGGAACACGAGUAUUCCCGGCCAGCGAUAAGCCGUACUACAUUAAGGGGAUGGGUGUAUGCGCGGGGUUCAUGUUUUUCAACGCGUUUUUAGUCUUGGCCCUGCGUACGUACCUGAGCUGGGAAAACAAGAAAUUUGAGAAGAACGACGAGGCGGCACGGCAGGCGGGAACUGAUCCCAAGUCCAGCUCGAUUGGUGUGGAGAACGAAGGGUACGGCUACAGGAAUUUCUUGUAGAGAGAUAUAUACCUACGAAGUUAGGGGCCGUACGGAGUAGAGAUGAUCUGCUCCAGCCAAUUUAUGCUUGGUACUAUGAAUAUUUACGUAGAUGCUAAAGGAAACCAAAAUUGACACAUG